AUGCGCCCGAAGUCACGGUUUUCUGGUAGCAGGCUAUCCAUUGAAAAAAUAUUAGCCCUAACUUACGCUUGGGCGCACAAAUUUACCACUACUCAAGCAGUGCACGAAACCUCACUGGAGGAUGAAAAAACGCCAACAGAAACGGUAACUAUUGCUUUGAGGUUAAUUUGUGCCGACAGAAUCAUGAAUCAGCAGGCGGGGCCAAUAGGCGGACCUGGAACAACUGCGGAGAUUGACGAGUCCAAGUUUGGCAAGACGAAGUAUCACCGAGGUCGCAAAAUCGAAGGGAAGUGGGUUUUUGGUGGCCUUUGCCGCGAAACCAAGGCCUGCUUCCGUCUCCUGGUAGAGCGUAGGGAUAAAGAAACUCUCUUGCCUAUUAUUCGCGUUCAAAUAUUGCCGGGACUACACGCGUGAUGAGCGACUUAUGGAGAUCUUAUGACUGCCUACAAGACGAGGGCUACGAUCGAACGUCUCACAGUUGACCAUAACCUAAACAUCGUAGACCCAGACACAGGUGCCCACACACAGGGUAUCGAAAAUACAUGGUGGGGAGUGAAGCGAAGUUAUCCCCGUACAGGAACAUCCAAAGAACUCUUAGAAAGGUACCUACAAGAGUUUUUGUGGCGUAAGCGUUACGGAGAAAACCCCUUUGGAAACAUAUUGAAGAAUGUCGCUGAACUUUAUAACGUCGGAGACGACGCUUAA